UAUACCUCCAAUAUUGUCCCCAAGAUGUUGCUGAUUAUCAUAGCUGAACAGAAGACUAUCUCUGUGGCUGGGUGCCUGGCCCAGUUCUACUUCUUUGGAUCCCUGGCUGCAACAGAGUGUCUCCUGCUCACUGUGAUGUCCUAUGACCGAUACCUGGCCAUCUGCCAACCUCUCCGGUAUCCCAUCCUCAUGACUGGCCCCCUUUGUGUUAGGCUGGCUGCCAGCUCUUGGCUCUGCAGCUUCCUCCUUACAGCAAUCACCAUGGUCCUACUGUCUACACUACCCUUCUGUGGACCCAAUGAAAUCGAUCACUUCUUCUGCGACUUCACCCCUCUGGUCCAUCUCUCCUGCACGGACACCUCACUGACUGAGACCAUCGCCUUCGCCACCUCUUCUGCAGUGACUCUGGUUCCCUUUCUCCUCAUUGCUGCCUCCUAUUCCUGGAUUCUUGUGGCUAUCCUGAGAAUUCCAUCUGGCACAGGCCGGAGAAAGGCCUGCUCCACCUGCUCCUCCCACCUCACUGUGGUCGCAGUGUUUUAUGGGACACUCAUUGCCACGUACCUUGUGCCUUCGGCCAACUCUUCACAACUCUUGCGCAAAGGAUUCUCUCUGCUUUAUACCAUCCUGACACCCAUGUUCAACCCCAUCAUCUACAGCCUGAGAAAUAGAGACAUCCACGAAGCCCUGAAGAUGUGCUUGAGUAAGAAGCCAGCUUUCCUCCUUAGCUGA